AUGGAAAACAUUGUUCCCCGUAGUGUUUCCACUUUGAUAUUUUCCUUCCUAUUAUUCUGCCUCACCCUGACAAAGAUAGGAGUCACUUGUCUCUCACCUGAUGGACAAGCCCUUCUUUCUCUUCUGCCUGCAGCAGGUCCUGCUGCAAAAUCAUCACCUGUUCUCUCCUCAUGGAACCCAUCAAGCUCAACACCAUGUUCAUGGAAAGGCAUCACAUGCUCCCCACAAGGUAGAGUAAUUUCCCUCUCUAUUCCAGAUACUUUUCUCAACCUCUCCUAUUUACCUCCUCAGCUUUCCUCUUUAUCAAUGCUGCAACUUCUCAAUCUCUCGUCCACCAAUGUCUCUGGCUCCAUCCCGCCCUCUUUUGGUCAACUGUCCCAUCUUCAGCUGCUUGACCUCUCCUCAAACUCUCUCACUGGUUCCAUACCUGUUGAACUUGGAAGCCUCUCUUUACUUCAAUUCCUUUUCUUGAACUCCAACAGAUUGACAGGAAGCAUUCCUCAACAUCUUGCUAAUCUCACUUUGCUUGAAGUUCUCUGCCUCCAAGACAAUCUUCUCAACGGCUCAAUACCAUCACAGUUAGGCUCUUUGACAUCUCUACAGCAGUUUCGGAUAGGGGGCAAUCCAUAUCUCAAUGGACAAAUCCCUUCACAGUUAGGCCUACUCACCAACCUCACCACUUUUGGUGCAGCUGCCACGGGACUUUCUGGUUCCAUUCCCUCUACAUUUGGUAACUUGAUCAAUCUACAAACUCUAGCACUUUAUGAUACUGAAAUUUCUGGUUCAAUACCACCAGAACUUGGGUUUUGUUCUGAGCUGAGAAAUCUGUACCUGCACAUGAAUAAGCUCACUGGUUCUCUCCCUGCUCAAUUGAGCAAGUUGCAAAAACUUACUAGCUUGCUGCUUUGGGGCAAUGCCUUAACUGGUCCAAUCCCAGCAGAGCUUUCCAACUGUUCAUCACUUGUUAUAUUUGAUGUCUCUUCUAAUGACCUCUCUGGUGAAAUACCGGGGGACUUUGGGAAGCUGGUGGUUCUGGAACAGCUUCAUCUAUCAGACAAUUCACUCUCAGGUAGAAUACCAUGGCAGUUGAGCAACUCUACCAGCCUUUCCACUGUUCAGCUCGACAAGAAUCAGUUAUCAGGUACUAUUCCCAUGGAGUUAGGCAAAUUAAAGGUUCUACAGAGCUUUUUCUUAUGGGGUAAUUUAGUGUCUGGAACCAUACCACCGUCUUUUGGAAACUGCACAGAACUCUACGCACUUGAUCUUUCAAGGAACAAGUUAACAGGUUCUAUACCAGAAGAGAUUUUCAGCUUGAAGAAGCUGAGUAAACUUUUGCUUCUGGGCAAUUCAUUAACAGGAAGAUUGCCAGCAAGAGUUGCAAAUUGCCAGUCUUUGGUGAGGCUAAGGGUUGGAGAGAACCAGCUUUCUGGGGAGAUUCCUAAAGAGAUAGGUCAAUUGCAGAAUCUGGUGUUCCUCGACUUGUACAUGAAUAAUUUCUCUGGAAGCAUACCAAUGGAGAUUGCUAAUAUCACAGUUCUUGAGCUGUUAGAUGUGCACAACAACUACCUCACUGGGGAAAUUCCACCUGUGAUUGGGGAGCUUGAAAAUUUGGAGCAGCUUGAUCUUAGCAGAAACAGUUUGACAGGUGAAAUUCCUUGGAGCUUCGGAAACUUCAGCUUUUUGAACAAGCUGAUCCUCAAUAAUAACUUACUGACAGGAUCAAUCCCAAAAUCUAUUAGAAAUUUGCAGAAGUUAACUCUUCUGGAUUUGAGUUCCAACAGCCUCUCUGGUGGCAUACCCCCUGAGAUUGGUCAUGUUAUAAGCUUAACCAUCAAUUUGGACUUGAGCUCCAAUUCUUUUACAGGAGAAAUCCCAGAAUCAGUGUCUUCUUUGACACAGUUACAAUCACUUGAUCUUUCUCAUAACAUGCUUUAUGGAGGAAUCAAGGUUCUGGGGUGUCUCACUAGCCUCACCUCUCUCAACAUCUCCUACAAUAACUUCUCAGGUCCUAUCCCAGUUACUCCAUUCUUCAGAACUCUAUCUUCCAAUUCAUAUAUUCAGAACCCUAGGCUUUGUCAGUCCAUUGAUGGGGCUACGUGUUCUUCUAGUCUGAUUCAGAAAAAUGGUUUAAAAUCUGCAAAAACCAUUGCUUUGAUCUCAAUCAUUCUAGCCUCGGUUACCAUAAUUCUCAUUGCAUCCUGGAUUAUAGUCACUCGUAAUCAUGGAUACAAUGUUGGAAAAACAUUGGGGGCAUCAAGUUCCACAUCAGGAGCUGAAGAUUUCUCCUAUCCUUGGACUUUCAUCCCAUUUCAGAAAGUAAACUUCUGCAUGGAUAAUAUCUUGGAUUGCUUGAAGGAUGAAAAUGUGAUUGGAAAGGGCUGCUCAGGUGUUGUGUACAAGGCUGAAAUGCCAAAUGGAGAGUUGAUAGCAGUAAAGAAGCUUUGGAAAGCAAGCAAAGCAGAUGAAAUAGUGGAUUCUUUUGCUGCAGAGAUUCAGAUUCUUGGAUACAUUCGGCAUAGGAACAUAGUGAAGCUCAUAGGUUAUUGUUCUAACAGGAGUGUUAAUCUUCUUCUCUAUAACUACAUCCCAAAUGGUAAUCUGCGACAGCUUUUACAAGGGAACAGGAACCUAGAUUGGGAAACAAGAUACAAGAUUGCUGUUGGAUCAGCUCAAGGUCUAGCUUACCUUCAUCAUGAUUGUGUCCCUGCAAUCCUCCAUAGAGAUGUCAAGUGCAAUAACAUACUUCUAGACUCCAAAUUUGAGGCAUAUCUGGCAGAUUUUGGUCUUGCAAAACUAAUGCAUUCACCAAAUUAUCAUCAUGCAAUGUCCAGAGUUGCUGGUUCCUAUGGUUAUAUUGCCCCAGAAUAUGGCUACUCCAUGAACAUAACAGAGAAGAGUGAUGUCUAUAGUUAUGGGGUGGUUUUGCUAGAGAUAUUAAGUGGUCGCAGUGCUGUUGAAACCCAUGUUGGAGAUGGCCAACACAUAGUGGAAUGGGUGAAGAGGAAGAUGGGAAGCUUUGAACCAGCUGCAUCAAUACUAGACACGAAGCUGCAAGGUCUACCAGAUCAAAUGGUGCAAGAGAUGCUUCAAACUCUUGGAAUUGCUAUGUUUUGUGUGAACUCUUCCCCUUCAGAGCGCCCCACAAUGAAGGAAGUGGUUGCACUACUGAUGGAGGUGAAGAGCCAACCUGAAGAGAUAGGCAAGACCUCUCAACCUCUAAUAAAACAGUCCUCAAAUCAAAGCUGA